GUUUAGCUGACCAGGUCUCCUCUGUUUUGACUGAACAAAAGACAGCAGCAAGUGGCCAUAUUCUUUUAGCAAUGGAAGGCGUACUAGUCAUUCGUCACUGGGUGGAAACUCCAGUACGUUAUCAGAAGCAUUUUGCUGAGGAAGACCUUGAAGCAUGCAGGUUAAACCAUCGCUUGUAUGCCUUGCCAGGCCCGGCCACAGCUGUUCAGGGGGAGAACACACAGACAACGCAGAGCACUGUGGAGGCAGCGCAGAAGGACACAGAGGAAGGAAAGCCUAAAUUUCAAGUCUUGCUAGACACUGUACAAUUCCGUCCUGAAGACGUUAUCAUUCAGACCUUUGAAGGCUGGCUUCUGGUUAAAGCUCAGCACGGACCUAGGAUGGAUGAACACGGCUUUAUAACCAGAAGCUUUACUAGACAAUACAAACUGCCCGACGGAGUCGAAACAAAAGAUCUGACUGCUCUCUUCUGCCACGAUGGCAUUCUGGUUAUCGAAACCAAGACCUAGGUAGAGAAUAAAUGAUGAGGAGUUCUUUACUGGUGAGACAUUGCAAUUUCCACUGUAAUGUAAACAAAUCUGUGGCACUGUGCAAGCUGAGUUGUGUUUCCAGUGAGGAAAAAGUAAAGCUUUUGCAUAUUUUAUUCAGCAUGUUGAAUCUGUUUGAUGUGAAAGACAAUAUUUGCUCCCAGCAGCUGCAUAUUUUCUGGCACUCUUAGCAAAUGGAAAAACUAUUUCCACCCAACUAACGAAAACAGACAGAAGGCAGGAAACAAUGCCCAUGAGGAAUUUACAGGAUAUAAAGGAAGAGUGUGAAAAUGUGUGGAAUGGGGUGGGGGAAUGCGUCUCAAGAUAUCCAUGCUCUCGAGGCAAUGGUUGAAGACUAGACUACGCUUGUGAAGUAAAUGUAAUUUUCAUGCCUGAAAAUGCUGCUUUUAUCAGCACCGUGACCACAAUCCAAAGAAGUCAUUUAUGUACAAGAAAGAGAAUCACACAGCUGGAGCUUUCUUUAAAGUUUGCCCUGAAGCAGUUCCCACUCAUGGAGAGGCAAACAUACUUUUAAAAACUUGAAUAAUGGCUUCAUAUCCCCAAAUUUAUCAGCCUACUGCACAGCUGUAUGCAGAGAGAGAUUACUUUUCCAGUCACAUCUAACAACUGUACUUCAAAGUGUGCUUCUUUCCCACAAAGUUUCUUAAAUGUGUUGUUUUAAAUAUUCUGGGAUUCAGCUUGUGGAAGAAGAGCAGCUGCUGAGGAAGAGUGCCGUCUUUUCAUGUGUUUUUAAGAUAAGUAUGACUGCCGAGCUAUGAAUAGUAAAAGAAUUCACAGGAGAAAGCCAAGCUAAAUAUAGGAUCUCUUUAUGGACACCUGCCAUAUGGGCAAAUUAAAAGAAUAUUUCAGCUAAUCUAUCUAUAUGGCUAGAAGAUAAAUAAAACAGUUUCAAUGAA